UUGUUUAUUUUGAAAGAGAUUACGAUUAAAAAAAAUGGUGGCUUUCUAUGUAAUUAUAAGGCUCAUUUGUACUAGAAAGUUGGCUACGUCGCACAUGAUCGAUCUCUUUUACAGCAUGACGGUACAAUCUAAGAAACAAGGGAACCUCUUUACUACAGAUGCUCAUCAUAAACUUUGGUUGAAUUAAUUUGUUUGUGAAUUUUGGUGGAAACAAAGUUAAAAUGUUUUUUUUUUCAAUUUUAAGAUAAGCAAUUCUAUGAAGGAGACAUAUAACGAUGAACUUGUGUCGGUGUGGCAUCCAAAUUGGCGGACACAAGGGUUUUGACAAGGUUGUGUGGGAGGUUGCUGAACAUAAGGAGGGUGAACAUCCAUCAGUUACCUUUAAGUAUCAUUGUCGUGAUGGCGAGGAAGGUUACCCGGGAGAUCUUUCUGUUACUGCAACGUACACACUUACCUCUAAGACGACACUCGGACUUGACAUGGAAGCUGUGCCUGCAAAUAAGGCUACUCCUGUUAGUUUAGCUCAGCACACCUAUUGGAACCUUGGUGGCCAUAAUUCAGGAGAUAUUCUCAACAACACAGCCCAAAUAUGGGCAAAUCAUAUCACUCCUGUUGAUCAGUACACGGUCCCAACUGGAGAAAUAAUGCCUGUUAAAGGCACUCCAUUUGAUUUCACCUCUGAAAAGCAGAUUGGCCGUGAUAUCCAGCAGGUUGGCUUAGGGUAUGACCAUAAUUAUGUGCUAGACUGUGGAGACAAGAAAGAUGGCUUGAAGCAUGCUGCAAAAAUCAAGGAUCCUAAGAGUUCCAGAGUACUUGAUUUAUGGACCAAUGCUCCUGGCAUGCAGUUUUACACUGCAAACUAUGUCGAUGGAGUUGUUGGCAAAGGUGGAGCUGUUUAUAACAAGCAUGCUGGAGUCUGUUUAGAGACUCAAGGAUUUCCAAAUGCUAUCAACACACCAAAUUUUCCCUCUAUUGUCGUUCAGCCUGGUGACAAGUACAUACACAAUAUGGUGUAUGAAUUUUCAGUUGAAUAGAUUGUUUUAGGAUUUCUUCAAGACCAAAAUGAACCAGUAACGAAAAUCGUAGGCCUCAUUUGAGACGGUUGGGAUUGUCUGAAGCCGAUGAAAGUCAUCCAUGUAAACCUCAGACUAGCUUUUAAAGCAAUUGUCCGACAAAG